AUGGAAGAACUUACGGCAUUCGUCUCCAAGUCUUUUGACCAGAAAGUGAAGGAGAAGAAAGAAGCGAUCACCUACCGAGAGGUGCUUGAGAGCGGGCCGCUGCGCGGGGCCAAGGAUCCGGCCGGCUGCGCGGAGCCGGGCCGCGACGACCGCAGCAGCCCGGCAGUCCGGGCGGCCGGCGGAGGCGGCGGCGCAGGAGGAGGCGGAGGCGGAGGCGGAGGAGGCGGAGGAGGUGCAGGAGGAGGAGGAGGAGCGGGCGGAGGAGCUGGAGGAGGGCGCUCUCCCGUCCGGGAGCUGGACAUGGGCGCCGCCGAGAGGAGCAGGGAGCCGGGCAGCCCGAGGCUCACCGAGGUGUCCCCGGAGCUGAAGGAUCGCAAAGAGGAUGCGAAAGGGAUGGAGGACGAAGGUCAGACCAAAAUCAAGCAGAGGCGAAGUCGAACCAAUUUCACCCUAGAACAACUCAAUGAACUGGAGAGGCUCUUUGAUGAGACCCACUACCCGGAUGCCUUCAUGCGUGAAGAACUGAGCCAACGGCUGGGGCUGUCAGAGGCCCGAGUGCAGGUUUGGUUCCAAAAUCGAAGAGCUAAAUGUAGAAAACAAGAAAAUCAGCUCCAUAAAGGCGUCCUUAUAGGGGCAGCCAGCCAGUUUGAAGCUUGUAGAGUUGCACCCUAUGUCAACGUAGGUGCUUUAAGGAUGCCAUUUCAGCAGGAUAGUCAUUGCAACGUGACGCCCUUGUCCUUUCAGGUUCAGGCGCAGCUGCAGCUGGACAGCGCCGUAGCGCACGCGCACCACCACCUGCACCCGCACCUGGCCGCGCACGCGCCCUACAUGAUGUUCCCGGCGCCGCCCUUCGGACUGCCGCUGGCCACGCUGGCCGCGGACUCGGCCUCCGCCGCCUCCGUCGUGGCUGCCGCUGCCGCUGCCAAGACCACCAGCAAGAACUCCAGCAUUGCGGAUCUCAGACUGAAAGCCAAAAAGCACGCGGCCGCCCUGGGGCUGUGA